AUUCGUAUUGUUAACCGUAAAGCAACUCUCAAACAACGACAUGGCUCGUACCAAGCAAACCGCCCGCAAGUCGACCGGAGGAAAGGCUCCCAGGAAACAGUUGGCCACCAAAGCCGCCCGUAAGAGCGCACCAGCCACCGGUGGAGUGAAGAAACCGCAUCGUUACCGUCCGGGAACCGUUGCUCUCCGUGAGAUCCGUCGUUACCAGAAGAGCACGGAAUUGUUGAUCCGCAAACUGCCUUUCCAACGGCUGGUCCGUGAGAUCGCCCAGGAUUUCAAGACCGACCUGCGUUUCCAGAGCUCUGCCGUCAUGGCUUUGCAAGAGGCUAGCGAAGCAUACUUGGUCGGUCUUUUCGAAGACACUAACUUGUGCGCCAUCCACGCCAAGCGAGUUACCAUCAUGCCUAAAGACAUUCAGUUGGCUCGUCGUAUCCGCGGAGAACGUGCUUAAUCAAGUCUGAUAUAAUAUAUAAUAUAUUCCCUAAUCCGUUUUUAAAAAGGCCCUUUUCAGGGCCCAUAAGUUAACAAAAUACGUACACGAUACAUACAGAGUAUCAUCAA